CAAUGCUACUAAAAUCGCUCAAAAGACUAUACUUCUUCACGUUUUGCAUUUCUAACUUCACUUUGAAAAAAGUAUGGUCUUGACAUAUUUCAUUUGACAUUAAUGGAUGUUUACGUGUCAACAACUGUCAUGACGAUGUUUUGAUUUUGAAAAAUAAAAUCGGAGAAACCUAGUUUAACUCGGCCUCCCAUAUUCCUGAUGUCCGGCAUAAAAUAAAAAGUAUAAAUGUCAUGGUUCGCGGACCUCGCCGGGAAGGCGGAGAGCCUCCUUAACAACUUGGACGAACAAACUGGCGCAGCUUUGCGAAACCAUAAUGUUACAACAACUAGAAAAAAACAACGUGAAAAUACAGUAACUGAUUAUGGUGUCACUGUAAAUUCUGAAACCCCGUGGUUGCCAAAGAAACGACCAGUAACGCGAAGUCUAAAAAAAGCCAUGCCCAUACCAGAAACCAAAACUAUUUAUUCACCUAGUCGGAAAGCUUCACCCACAAACCACCACCAGUCCCGUUCGCAAAUGAAAGAUAAUACCCAAGAUUCCUCGAGAAAUGGAUCCAUUAAGUCCAGAAGGUCACCAUCUAGAAAGCCCAGUCCACAGAAGCAGUACAACUUAAACCAUUGCCCAAAAACAUUAGUUGGGGAUGUCAAAGAAAAUGAUAUGUAUGUAGAUCAUUUUGGUUUGAAACACAGAAGGUUCAGUCUACCAUCAGAUCUGGAACUGCUUAGCGGUGAAGACUGGAGUUACAAAAUGCAGAAUAUGGAAGUGGAAAACGCCAUGUUGAAGAACGAGCUGAACGUUAUGAACCGGGAAGUUGCUGAACUGUUGGACAGACUGCGGAAGACGGAGGACGGUAAUGACGUAGAUAGUCCCUCAGAAGUUACGAAAACCCGCAUCAAAUUGGAGACCACAGAAGUACUGAACCACCGCUUGAACCUGGAGAAACAAUCGCUAAUGUCACAAAUCAAACUCUUGGAAGUAAAGAUGCAAGAAACGAAUAAUGCAGAAGUAGCUCAGUUGAAGGAACAGAACCAGUGUGCCGAGUCCGAAGCUAUUAUACUGAGGAGUAGGAAUAAAGAACUGGAAGACAGAUGUAAAGAAAUGUUAGAGAAAGCCAGAGAGAGAGAUGGGACACAAAUUAAACUAGAAAAUGAUUUAAGACACGCACAAUCCACAAUAGCCGAUUUACAGAACAAUUUGCAGAAGACAACGGACGAAUGUAAGAGGUUAGAGAAAGACUGGGAAGCUUACAAAUUGAGGGUGAAGAACAUGUUGCUUGCUAAGGAUAAGGAGAUCAAGACCAUGAAGGAAGGCAUGCACUUCACAGAGGAUACCAGGGUGCUGAUGGAGCAAAUUGAUAAUUUGAAGGACGAACGCGACGAACUAUCAGAAGCUGUAGCGGUGAUACGAGCGGAAUGCAACGACAUGAAGGCUUACCUACAGCAGGUGGAGUCGCGGCACAACACAGCUAAACGCGUUGUUGCCGCGCUUCGAGACGAGCUCAAAGAUGAGAGGGCCGCUAGGGACCGGGCUGAAGUGCAGUGUGCUGCUGUUGCCAAGGACAUGAAAGCCAUACAAAUGGAAACGGGUCAAACGAUUGCUAGUUUACGUACAGCUUUACGAGAUAAGGAAAACGAACUAAUCCAACUUCGCGAGACGACCUCCACGGUCCGGACCACAGACACGAGUGCGCUGAACGUAGCGGACUAUGACGUCAUGCAGGAAACCAUAGACAACAACAAAAUUCAUCAUCUAACACAAACACUUGUGCAGAAGCAAACGAAGAUUGAUAACUUACUGGCUGAAAAUAACAUGCUUAGGAUACAACUGGAAAAACUUGAGUGUAAAUACAAGACGGAGGUAGCGUCCCUCCGCGCUAACUUCAGCGUGGUCCAUUUGGACGGCGACGCCAGAGCGCGCUCAAGGCCUGCCAGGUUCGGUUACAUGGUCAAGCGGUAUCCCGUCAUCAAGUUAUUCGUCUUCGCUUAUAUGGUAAUGCUACAUCUCUGGGUCCUCACAGUCUUAUUCAAAAGCACGCCAGAAGACUAUAUAUCGCAAUCCACGUCUUAAAUUAAGUCCUUAGUAAUUCAAUGUGUAUAUAAUUCCAUUACGAUUUAGUUAAGUUAAAUUAUUGGAUAAAGAGAUUCUGUCGAAAGAAAUGAAGCAAUAAAGACUACAGCUUUAAGUAGAUACAGUACUUUUAAUUAUUUUAAGGAAAAUGGGGAUAUUUUAUUACAACAGGUCGAUUCUUAUUUGGUGUCUCGGCAACAUCCUGUAGAUGUAUACAGCAACACCCUGUAGUUUCAUAUCGUAAUUCAACUGACAGAAACAUUUUGUACAGGGGGAGGAGGGAGGGAUUAUCAUAAACUUUUUGAAUUAAUUCUUGUAAUAGAAUAUCCUCAUUUUACUGAUAUAAAAUAUUUUAGGACUCAUAAUCGCCCAAGUUAAGUAACCUAUUUGUAACCUAGUGAAUUUGACAUUAUUUGCAUGGCAACAUGUGUCAACAUUUUUGACAGAUGAAUAGUUUAUUUAUUUUGGUAGCGUUUUAUUAUUUAUUUAUUAAGUGAGCGACAGUAUUUUCUCUUAAUUUGCCUAAAAGUCUUAUUUUUGGAUAAUUAUAAUGGUUUAAAUCCUUGUUAGACUUUUGGUACAAUAUUUUAAUUUUCUCAUAAGUUGACAUUAAAUUUGACAGCUUUACAGAAUACUCCAUGGUUCAAACACAGGGUUGAACAAGCAGGCCCCUGGUGUUUCGGCACCAUUUUAACCUAAAUCUAUACAAGCUUCGUGACGAAACUGUCAACUCUCCUGAUUUUUAAUCUGGCAACACAAGAAUCUUGGGUCGCGUUUUAUUUUUAUAAAAAAAAUGUAACGUUUAGUGCUUGUUCGUGUUAUUGUACAUAAUGUCCGUCGUUUCGUUAUGUGAUGUCGGUUUUACUAAAAGUAAAAUUAACCCAAUUGUAAAUUGAUAAGUGUAAAAUAUGUAAAUAAGUCCGUUCUCGCCAUUGUUAUAAUUGAUUGGCCAUAAUAAUGUACCUAACUGUUGUCUAUCCGUAUUUCUAAUGUUUGUUUUUUAUUCACUUAAACUUUAUUUUGUGAAGCGUAUUGUUAUUUUGUCGACGGGAACAUGGGCUAAUAAAGUGUUUAUACUAA